UAAACAUUAAGGUAAAGUCAGCCUCUUACUCCCACUUGCUCGACUUGAAACCAGAGGCGAGGUUAUAGGGUUUGGGGAACAAGUCCAGGAAGCUGCGUCCACUGUUAAAACACAGAACGUAUGUAGUUUAAAGUAAUUUAUUUCUCUGUUAGAAUUGAGUUAAAAAUUGGAAAUCCAGCUAUCUGCCUGUUGGUCCCCGCUAGGACUAUACUGUAUGGUGUGUGGCCGUACACACCCUAACUCCUGGAUAUGGCAGGUCUCUGUGGUCUCAAGAUCCUGCUGCUCUGGGCUGGGAUCAUCGGUUUGGCCAGCUGUCAAGGAAAUGUACCAGAUGUUUCAACCCUCUCACCUCCACGCAACACCACAAAUUCCACUUUACCUUCAGCAACCAGCUUAUCUGUCACCACCUCACCUCCACUCACCAUGACAGCAGCUCCUGUCAUGUCUUCAGCCACCCCAACGACCGCCCACAAACCUGCACUCACCUCGCCAGCACUCACCUCAAACUCCCCAAAUACAACUCUCUAUACAGCUAACAUGUCUGCCACCACUGCUCCUCCUGCAAGCACCUCACCCUCACCUUCACCUACACCCAGCAAGCCAAUAGACUCUCAGACAAACACCACUGACAACCAGACUCCACCUACAAUCACCGCGCCCAACACCACAGUGACUCCUACCACCAAAGCCCCUCAACCUCCACAGUGUUCUUACACCGUCACACCCAUCAAGUUCGGCUUCCGGAUUGACGUGAUAAUGAACUCUACCACUGGCAACUACACCAUAACCCUUAAUGAAGAAGGCCAACAAAGCAAAUCCAUCUACUUCUCCAGUCAAAGCCAUGAAAUCAAACACCUGAAGCCCUGUACUGAAUAUGAGCAUGCUGUGGCAUUCAUUGAUGCUGGCAAAGCAACACCCUGUUACGGCACUGAAAAUAAAACUAUGACAACUGGAAUGAAUGAGAGUAACCAUGACAUUAAAGAUGUCAGCUGCAUGCCUGGAUAUGUUUGUUACCAGAGUGACUGGAACAUCAGCUCUUCACUAUCAGCAUCAAAUAAUGUUCCAGCUAAGCCGUGCAAAACUGAUAAUAAAACGUUCUGUAUCAAACCUGGUUACGAUGACAUUUGCACCAAUUUAACUACAACCUUCCGUUCCGACUGUACGGCUUCCUUUAACGUCACCAAAAGCAUCACUGUUGGAGAGUUCUUAAAUGUGAGUGAAAUAACUCAGAAAGCUCCAACUGAACUUCCUGCAAAAAUAGACACAAAAUUACCUCCAAACUGCAAAGAUCUCACCAUCGACUACACCUGUCAGGACGAUAAACCCAGUAACCCCAAGAAACUGUCUGAGCUGGAGCCCUUCACAGACUACAGCUGUACUGGUCAGAUCAAGGAAAACAACGUCACCAAAAAUAACACAACUGCUGUCAAGUUCAGGAUCGACUGUGAUAUUAAAAUAAACCCAGUACAAAGUGCCACCAAUACCUCCAUCGAGUUGAGUUGGAUAACGACCAGUCAGAAGUGUCCAGGUCUUCCUGGAUUUGACAAGUUUUCUUAUGACUGCAGUUGUGACCCUCGUUCCUCCCAUCAGAGACCCAUUGCUAACAAAGAGCGAUCAGGAGGAAGAUGUCAUAUUGCUGGACUGAAACCGUUCACCUACUACACCUGUAAAGUCCAGCCCAAAUAUGACAACAGCGACAUUCCUCAAAUAGCUACAGUUAAUCAGAAAACUAAGGCUGGAAGACCAGAUGAUAUACAUGGCCUGACAGUGACUGUUUUAGACCACAAUGUGAUUAGAGUAACAUGUGAUUAUAAAGGUAGUUUUAAUGGACCUGUGGUGACUCAAAGAUUCAUUGCACGUCUUCACAAUGCUGGUGUCACCACGGAGCUUAGAAACACAACAUGCAACUUUGACUUCAAAGAUCUGAGCUAUUUAACGGAAUACAAUGUGGAGGUGACUGCUUACAACGGAGAAUUUGAGAGCAAACCCAAGAAAAAAGACGGCGUGACCACUUCCUAUAAUGACAAAGCUGUCAUUGGGCUUCUGGUCUUCCUCAUCAUCCUCACGUCGGUGGCUCUGCUUCUGGUCAUCUACAAGAUUUACAUUCUGAAGCGCAGGAACUCCAAUGGCCAGGGUGAAAGCAUGUCGCUUAUUCAGACACCAAAUGAUGAGGAGAACCUGCUGCCUGUUGAGCCGAUUGCAGCAGAGUUCCUGCUGGAAGCCUACAAGAGGAAGCUCGCUGAUGAGGGACGACUUUUCCUGGCUGAGUUUCAGAGCAUCCCCAGAAUCUUCUCGAGGUACUCCGUGAAAGAGGCCAAAAAGCCCUGCAACGUCCCCAAGAAUCGCUACGUGGACAUCCUGCCAUAUGAUCAUAACCGUGUCCAGCUGACCACCGGAAAUGGAGAGGCAGGAUGUGACUACAUCAAUGCCAGCUUCAUUGAUGGGUACAAGGAAUCCAAAAAGUACAUUGCAGCUCAAGGGCCAAAGGACGAGACUGUGAGUGACUUCUGGAGGAUGGUCUGGGAGCAGCAGUCCUCUAUCAUCGUCAUGGUAACACGCUGUGAAGAGGGCAACAGGGUCAAGUGUGCACAGUACUGGCCGUCUCAAGACCGGGAGACGGAGAUCUAUGAGGAGUUUAUAGUGAAGCUGAACUCAGAGGACCGCUGUCCUGAUUACACCAUCCGCCACCUCAGCCUAACUAAUAGGAAGGAGAAGAACUCAGAGAGGGAGGUGACCCACAUCCAGUUCAUGAGUUGGCCGGACCACGGCGUCCCUGGGGAGCCACAUCUCCUCCUGAAGCUGAGGCGGCGCGUCAACGCUUUCAAGAAUUUCUUCAGCGGCCCCAUCGUCGUUCAUUGCAGCGCGGGAGUCGGCAGGACGGGCACCUACAUCGGCAUCGACGCCAUGAUGGAGUGUCUGGAGGCGGAGGGCAGAGUGGACAUCUACGGUUACGUCGUCAGACUCCGCAGACAGAGAUGUCUAAUGGUGCAAGUAGAGGCCCAGUACAUCCUGAUCCACCAGGCGCUGCUGGAGCACAAUCAGUUUGGAGAGACUGAGAUCACCGUGUCUGAGCUCCACAGCACACUGAGCACACUCCAACAGGAGACCUCAGGCAAUGAGCCCACCUUGAUGGAGGAGGAGUUUGACAGACUCCCCGUCUUUAAAAACUGGAGGACAUUCAACACAGGGAUGACAGAAGAGAACAAGAAGAAGAAUCGCUCUGCGACUGUCAUCCCAUAUGACUACAACCGAGUGCUGCUGAAGAUAGAUGAAGGACGCAGUCGUGAUAGUGACCCCGAUGAGGAAGACGAGGAAGAGUCAUCAGAUGAGGAGGAUGAGGAGUCCACUAAAUACAUCAAUGCCUCCCACAUAGAUGGAUACUGGGGCCCACGCACCUUCAUCGCAGCUCAGACUCCGCUGCCAGACACCAUGGCUGACUUCUGGUCCAUGGUUUACCAGAAGAAAGCAUCGACUAUUGUCAUGCUCUCAGACUGCAGUGAGAAGUCUGACUGUGUCUACUGGGAUAAAGAGAAGAAAACAUUUGGGGACUUUGAGGUGGAGGUGGCUAGCACGGACACCUCUCCGACUUUCAUCAGCCGCAACAUGCUGUUACGUCACGUCAAGAGGAAAGAGAGUCGGCCGGUGAAACAGUUCCAGUUCCUGAAGUGGGCGAAUGGCGAGCCGCCAGAGAAACCUCAAGAUCUCACGGACAUGAUCAAGGACAUCAAGAACCGCAGUGGCAGCAGCAAGUCACAGAGGAGCAUGACCGUCGUGGUCCACUGCAAUGAUGGCUCAACCCGUACGGGGGUUUUCUGUGCUCUGUGGAACCUGCUGGACAGCGCUGAGACCGAGAAGCUGGUGGAUGUUUUCCAGGUGGUCAAAACCCUACGCAAGGAGAGACAAGGCAUGCUCUCCAACCUGGAGCAGUACCGGUUCUUGUACGACGCCCUGGAGGGGGUCUUCCCCGUCCAGAACGGGGAGGUGAAACCAGUACAGGCCUCUGAAGCCUCUGAAGCAGACACCGUCCAGGUCGUCAAUGAGACCAAAGCAGCAGAGAAGCCAGCAGCAGAGGAGAAGGCUGAGCAGCCAGCCACCACUACCAGCAACAACCAGCAGGAGGCAGCAGCAGAGAGCGCUCCUCUUGUGGCUGAUGGAGGGAAGGAAGAGAAGAAAGAGGAGCCUGAAUCUGAAACAGCACCACUGGAGGACAUCACUGUCACUCUGGAGGUCUGAGAGGUGGAUGGGCAUGUCUUUUACUUCUGGGAAUCAGCGCUUCAGCUCAAUGCUUUCUUUUAGUUACUAUAUGAAUGUAUAAACAUUGUAAAGCUAUAACAGUGUUGUUUUGGUUGAUAUUUUGUUAAAGAAUUUGAUCAAUUAUUUUAAUGUCAAUUUCCAAAAAAUAUGAUUUAUACUAAGUUAUGAAUAUUUUAGCAAGUGUUAGGAUGCAAAUAAUAAGUUCUGUGAGCAAAGUUUACUGGAAAUGCUGUCUUCAAACUAGGGGCCUUGGCGAGAGACAUCUAAGAACAAAAUUUUGUUAUAUACGUUGUUUUCUCCCUAAAUAAACAGAUGCUAUUGUCUACAGUUAUACAUAUAAAUGUAUCUGGCAUAUUUUAAUAAUUUAGUGGUUAAGCUCAAAAUGUGUUUUGUGACACUGUGUCAUUAAAAGAGACUAAAAUACUCUUAUUUAUGCUGAGUAUUUGCUUAUUAAUUGUCAUUUGUUUUCAGCAUAGAUUAACUUUAUUAGGCUGGAUUUACAAAGUCCAUAACAUCUUUUACAGGCCCCCUUAAAAAACGUUUUCUCAAUCAGUUUCUUACUAUAAGCAAGGAGUUCUUACACGAGGACUUUCUGCCUAAGUUAGAACAGUUUUGAUUAUUUCACACGAGAAAUGUCGGCGCUCUUCACACUGUACUGUAUUUAUCAAUCAUGAUUAAGCAAUAUUUGAAUAAAACAAAUCUGAUGAGUUGUGGGGUUGUUAGCCAAGUUCAACAAACUCUAGUGCUCGUCAAAAGAUGUGACAGGGAGGGAAACAGUGCCCUCAAGUUAGAGAAGGAGGGCUUCUGACUGUAGGUUGCCAGUUUGAUUCCCUUUGAACACCCAGAACAUUAGUGAAUAACACAAACACCCACCACUAGAGUGCCUUUGAGCAACUGCUUCAUGGACUGUGGUUCGACUGGUAACCAGAUCAGCUGUUUCCGAAAAAAGCUCAGCAAACCCACCCCUGGCUAUACAAAGGUUAAAACAGAAAUGUAACUGAAAAUGUAAAUAAGGAAAGUUGAAAUAUUGGAAAAUAAAAGACAAAACUGUUGAAAACUCACGAUAAUUUACUUUGAUAACAUUUUAAAUCAGCUGUUUGUGUAAUCUUCGUCAAAGGCAAACAGUUACAAAAUUUAAGACACACAAGAUACAACAUGAACAGUUUCCUCGAAGUCAGGACAAUCAUAUAAACAAACCAUCCAUACAGUAUAUGCCACAUGAGCCUUUGUGAGAAUACAAAUCUGUCACAUUUCUCUGAUCAGAGCUUCAGUUGAUUCCCUGCUACAAUUCCUUUAAAAUCUCUAAAUACCCAUCACAAAUAGAAAUACGACGUAUAAAAAGAAUCAUCUACGUAUAAAAACCUUCAAAUACUGUUGAAUCAGAGAGAAAAGCUGUGCUUCAUUCACACUUUAUACAAAUCAAACUAUUGAUUCUGUGUUUGUGAACGUUAUAAAUACGUUAACUACUGCAGCACUGAGAACUUGUCAACUAAUGUUAAGACACACAUCGCUGUCGUGGUCAAAAAACAGUCACGGAGGGUUUAAUAGCUUCCUAAUGCCGGCUGUCUGCCAUGUGGAGUCACAGCACAGAUGUUUAAUAGAUACAGUGUUAUGAUGCAUUGAUGCAUUCAAUGCAUUGGGCAUUACCCAGACUCAACAAUACAUAGAGAUGCAUCAAAAUACAGUUUUUGAACUAAUAUAAUGCUAAUAUAUUAAGAGCUUAACUUUACUUCUCCAGGUAAAAAAACAAAAAUUGCAGAUCAGGAUCGUUUUGGUAAGAAAUAAAUGCCUAAUAUUUAUUUAUAACAGCUCCAUACACAAUGAAAAUAGGGGAACCAUUAAAAAAAGUGCUUUCUAACCGUGUUGUAGUACUCAGGAUCGGUCUUGGUCUCGAGACCGGUCAUAAGACCACUUUUUGAAGGUCUCGGUCUCGGUCUCGUCCCGUAAUCGACUGCAUUUUUACUCAGUCUUGUCUCCGUCUCAGACAAAGAGGACUGGAUUUUAUGCAAGACCGGUCAAGACCGCAAUUUCAGGGAUAUUACUAAAUUGCCUGUGCAUUGUCUGAUUUAUUUGUUAACAUCAUGACUGUGAUUGCUCUUAGAAAACAAAGGAUUGCCACACAUAAAAUUCACCUAAAUGCCUUUUGAUUAUUUUCUCAGGACAUUUCUCAUGUACAUACACAUAUAUACUGUAUAUACUGUAUGGCAAUAAAAGAGGUGAAUGAAGGGGAAUCUU